AUGGCAUGGUUGGCGUUAGUUCUUCGUGUCGCAAUUGCUCUUAACACUCAAGGAUUCUUCCAGCCGGAUGAGUACUUCCAGGCAUUAGAACCCGCUCACCACUAUGUCUUCGGAUAUGGAUACCUCACAUGGGAGUGGGUUAGUCCAGCACCCCUUCGGAGUAUCAUCUACCCUGCAUUGAAUAUACCGCCCUUUUGGCUUAUAAAAACGCUGGGCCUUGAUACCAAAUACCCUGAGCUGCUAAUAGCGGGCCCGCGCAUUGUCCAUGGCUUAUUGGCUGCCAUUACAGAUAUAGCGCUCUGUGAAGUCACAAGGCAAGUUCUGAACGAUGCGUUUGUGCCAACGGCGUACCUUGUUUCUCUGACAUCCCUAUUCCACUCGUUGUCACUUUCACGGUCCAUGUCAAAUUCCCUUGAAACGUCAUUGACAACAGCCGCAUUAAGCUACUACCCCUGGGACGUUGCGCAGUCCAUGCAGGUGCAGUCGAACAGAACUAGAAUGCGCAUGUGCAUCGCGUUCGCUGCGCUGGCAUGCGCAAUCAGACCUACGAAUGCUAUCAUCUGGGUCUAUAUGUUCGGUCUUCUCUUCACGCGUCUCGGAUUCCGCCCCCGUCACAUUUUCGCCAUUGUUCGCGAUUGCUUCUUUGCGCUUGAUUCAGCCUUUUAUGGCAAGCCUACGCUAAGCCUGCUGAACUUUUUACGAGUCAAUGCGUCGCCCGUGUCUUUGUUCUACGGUUCCAAUCCUUGGCAUUAUUACGUGUCUCAGGCCCUCCCGAUUCUCUGUUCCACAUCCUUGCCAUUCGUGCUGCAUGGUAUGCGCCUUGCGGUGAAGGACGACGAGGUAAAACUGAAGACGAUGCUCGGGUGUAUCGUUUGGACAAUCACGGCAUUCUCAUUUGUUGGACAUAAGGAGUGGCGUUUUCUCCACCCACUCCUCCCGAUGUUACAUGUCUUCGCGUCAAGGUCCUUAGUGGAACUGUAUCAUCGCAGCGCUAAAGCCGAGAUCAAAGUUCCCCAGAAAAAGAGAAAGGAAUCCGCAACUUUCUCACUUCCGAUUCGCACUCGAGACCUCUGCCUUCUCUUAUUGACCGUCCCAGCCUCGAUAUACGUCGUGUUCUUCCAUAGCGUAGGGCAAAUCAAAGUCAUGUCAUAUUUGCGGAGCCUACCUUCCGAGAAUCUGACAUCCGUGGGGUUCUUGACACCUUGUCAUUCGACCCCGUGGCAGGCCUACCUUCACCGGCCCGAACUCGCAGCGCCCGGGAGAAUGUGGGCUCUUGGGUGUGAACCGCCACUGGGACUUCAACAUCCCGGUGACUACAAAGACCAGACAGACAUCUUUUUCGAAGCGCCCUUUGAAUAUAUGCGAACACAUUUUCCAUCGCAAGUGGAUUAUUCCUAUCCUGCUUCGCCUUUCGCUUUAUCGAUACCGAACGUCACAUUCGUGGAAACAAUCCAAGCUGUGGAACAAAGUUCACGAUCUUGGGAUUUAGGCUGGCUGCAUGAGUGGCCGCAGUAUAUAGUCCUGUUUGGCGCGCUACUGCGGGAGCCUGGUAUGUUGGACCUCUUUCGGAAUCUAGGUUACGAAGAGGUAUGGAAGGGUGGGUUUGAGUGGGAAGGAGAGGGUCAAAGAAAAGGCGCUGUUCGAGUCUGGAAACAUAUCCGUUGA